UUAUACGCUGUCGCAGUUAAAGAUUUAGUAAGAAAAACAGAUAAAAUCUACAAAGUGAAAACACGGAACAGCACGGUGGAGUACACCAUUAAGAAACUUGAACCGGGAGGCAAAUACCACGUGAUUGUUCAACUGGGAAAUAUGAGCAAAGAAUCCAGCAUGAAGAUCAACACAGUUCCACUGUCUGCACCAGACGCCUUAAAAAUUAUAACAGAAAAUGACCAUAUUCUGCUUUUUUGGAAGAGUUUGGCAUUAAAGGAGAGUAAUUUCAAUGAAAGCCGGGGUUACGAGAUUCACAUGUUUGACAGCUUGAUGAACAUCACUGCUUAUCUCGGCAACACCACCGAAAACUUCUUCAAAGUUUCCAACCUGAAGAUAGGUCACAACUAUUCAUUCACCGUGCAGGCCAGGUGCCUGUACAGCGGGCAGAUGUGUGGCAAGCCGGCCACACUUCUCUACGAUGAACUAGGAACUGGUGAAGACUCCUCUGCAGCAAAAUCCGGUAGAUCCACAGACGUCGCUGCCAUCGUGGUACCGGUGCUGUUCCUGCUGCUCGUGUCCCUCGGGAUUGGGUUCGUGGUGCUGUACAUGAGGCACAGGCGGCUGCAGAACAGCUUCACUGCCUUUGCAAACAGCCACUACAGCUCCCGCCUGGGCUCGGCCAUAUUCUCCUCGGGAGAUGAUUUAGGAGAUGAGGAUGACGAAGCCCCAGUGAUAACUGGAUUUUCAGAUGAUGUUCCCAUGGUCAUCGCAUGAAGCGCAUUUCUGACUGUAAAAACCAAAUGGUGUAAAUAUUUUAUUUGAUAAAAAUAGUCGAUUGUUUAUUUUAAAAAUGCACUUUGAGUUGCAAUAUGUUAUUUUUAUAUGGGCCAAAAAAAAUUUAAAAAUACACUUUGUAGUAAUCAACUGUGAAUUGCAGACUAGGUUGGUUUAGUAACAAAUUGCUUUGAUUUAACAUUAAUUUAGUCUUACAAGGCUAUGCUUGCUGGGCAUGCUUUUAAGUCUGUGAGAUAUUUUCCGUUGACUAAAUUGGCUACUCAUUUUAUUUUUCUAAGACAAGAAUAAAUUUAUUUAAAAAAAUUUCAGGAGAUUAUAUAUGUAGAGAGAGAUAAGUAAUAUAGUCCCUGAAGGUUUUUGCUUUUACUUUA